AUGACUUCAACAACUUCGACGACAUCGACAACCUCGACAACUUCGACGACAUCGACAACGUCCACGACUUCAACAACUUCGACGACAUCGACAACCUCAACAACUUCAACGACAUCAACCACUACGACAACAUCAACCUUGACCACUUCGACGACAUCGGCAACGUCCACGACUUCAACAACUUCGACGACUUCUACAACUUCGACAUCAUCGACGUCCUCAACCACAACGACAUCAACAUCUACAACGUCGACAACUUCAACCACCACUAUGUCCCCAUUAUGUUCAACUUGGGCAUGGAACAAUACUGGUAUAACAAUCGCUGGUACCGGAUUAAGUGGGUCCGCAUUAAAUGAAUUGAACGAACCAUGGAAUAUAUUUAUCGAUCCAGCAACGGAUAUUCUUUACAUUGCUGAUUCGCUAAAUCAUCGAAUCAUUAAAUGGUUACCAAAUGCAACAUCCGGAAUACUCAUAGCGGGUACAGGUAGCUCUGGUUCACUAUCUAACCAGCUGAACACUCCAAAAGACGUAUAUGUUGAUUCAUUUAAAAAUAUUUAUGUUGCUGAUACCCUUAAUCAACGUAUACAAUUUUUUUCAAAUGGCAGUGCAGUAGGCUCAACAGUUUCAACAGGUUGGAGUGCUGGCAACUUAUACGGAGUUUAUAUUUACAAUAAAUCAAUUUAUGCAUGCGAUUUUACUAGACAUGCUGUAUGGGUAAAUGGUACAGCAGCAGCUGGUAAUCAAGGAUCUGGUUCUAAUUCAAAUCAAUUGUACGAACCGCAAGGCUUUACUAUUGAUACUAUAAAUAACAAAAGUGUAAUGUAUGUAGCAAAUUCACAUCAGCAUACUAUUGUUCAAUGGUGGCCAGGUGCGCCGAACGGAACGAUUGUCGCUGGUAUAAAUGGUGUACAAAGCUCUUCAAAUACUACACUUAAUUUUCCUGUAGCCGUCAAAACGGAUAUUUAUACCAAUCUAUUCAUCGUUGACAAUAAUAAUCAUCGAAUUCAAUUGUAUUGCCGAUAUCCAUCAGUUAUUUCAAGUGGACGCACUGUUGCUGGUAUAACAAGUAUAUCAGGAAAUUCGCCGACAUUGUUAAAAUAUCCAGCUGGACUUGCUUUAGAUUCAUCAAUGAAUUUAUAUGUUUCGGACACGAGUAAUCAUAGAAUACAAAAAUUUAUGCGCCUUUCUUAA